AUGUUGAAAUCAAAGGUGCCGACGGGCAUGCUCCAGCAGCUCUACCCUCCUCUGACGCCGUUCGAGCACACUGAGCACGCACUCUCCGCAGACCCAGCCUUCCCCAGCCUACUUCCCCCUCACGUGGAGCUCGCCCAUCUCAGUCCCAAAUUCGGCACAGAAGUCAGAGGGAUUCAGCUUAGCUCCCUUACCAACGCGGGCAAAGACGAACUUGCACUCUUCGUUGCCCAACGUGGUGUUGUCGCUUUUAGAGAUCAGGAUUUUGCAGAUCUUCCCAUCGAAAAAGCACUUGAAUUUGGAGGGUAUUUUGGAAGACAUCAUAUCCACCCUUCUUCAGGUCAGCCAAAAGGGUACCCGGAAAUUCACUUGGUUCAUAGAGGCGCGGGAGAGGCUGUGGAAGCGAGUGUAUUAGAGAGUAGAACGAGUAGUGUCGCAUGGCAUUCGGACGUCACCUAUGAGGUUCAGCCUCCCGGGACUACAUUUUUGUAUGCACUUGAUAUUCCGAAAACAAACGGCGAUUACUCAGGAGGAGAUACGGCAUUUGUAAGCCAAGUGGAGGCAUACAAUAGGCUUAGCGAGCCGUUUAAACAACGUCUAGAAGGUUUGACAGCAAUUCACUCAGGACACGAGCAAGCCGACCUGGCUAGAAGGAAGGGUGGUGUGGUCAGGAGAGAGCCUGUUGCGAAUGAGCAUCCUAUCGUCCGGACGCACCCAGCUACUGGAAAAAAGGCACUUUUCAUUAACCCACAAUUCACGCGCCAUAUAGUAGGCUUUAAAAAGGAAGAAAGUGACGCUCUCCUAAAGUUCCUUUACGACCACAUCGCAUACGGACUCGAUUUCCAGAUUCGCGUGAAGUGGGAACCAAAGACAGUUGUGGUAUGGGAUAACCGAGUGACUGCACACUCAGCUUUGUUAGACUGGGAUGAUGGUGGCAGAAGACACCUGGCAAGAAUCACACCGCAAGCUGAGAGGCCAUUUUGA